AUUGAAUUAACAAAUAGUAUAGAGGAGAUUAUGAUGAAGAUGAACAGUUGAGUAGACUAGUAAUUGAUGCCCCCUUCGGUUAGCAUUAUUUUAAUCAAUCAUUUGUUUUGGUUUUCCUCUCUUUCUCCUCGCUCGCUCUCUCUAAUGCGGAUCUAAUCUGUACAUUUCUGUUUUAUUAUUCACGAACCCUGAAUUCUUAGUGGGAGAGAGUUUAUUAGAGAAUCUUUUAACUCAUUUUGCUGUCUUUUGUUCUUGUUUGAAGCUGGGAAUUCACAAGAAGAAGAAGAAAAGAAAUAGAAGAGAUUCUGUGGGCAUCUUUUGGUUUAGUGGAGUUGGAUUCUCAGCUGAGCUUUCGUCGUAACUAAAAGAAGAUCAUGAAUUGCCACAGUGUCAUUACUUUAAACCAAACCGAGUCUCCUAAAGGAAUGGCUUCACAAGCUUAUUGUAACAUCGCCUCCCCAAUUCCUGAUGUAUUAUUCUCCGACACCGCAAACAAAAUAACUGCAUCCCAUGUUGACUAUUCAUCCACAUUUCCUCUGUUGUAUUCUCAACCUGAAUCAGUCAGUUCCUCAAAACCCCAGAUGUCGUAUCCGUUCAAAUCAUGUAAGUUAAGUGCCCCACAUCUUGAGCCUGAUAGCUCCAUGUCCUAUGAUUCUCUAUCCCAGUAUCCAAAAAGCACAUUCUCACGGUCUUCUACUUUCUGCACCAGCUUGUAUCUGUCAUCUUCUACAAGCUCAGAGGCCCAUCUGCAGCUUGGAAACUUACCGUUCCUCCCUCAUCCCCUGAAGACUGAGAAACCUGUUUCUGAUGUUGACUCGACAAAAUCCCCAGCAGAGCAAACUCUUGACUUAAACACUCAAUUCGGCGAUGAGCAUUCUGAGUACCUCAUGGACUUUAUUAAUACCACGGGAGAAGCUUCAGAUGGUAGCUUUCAUGGUGUGAAUUAUGCAAGCGACAGUUUAACAUUCAACGAACAGUUGGACCUUCAAUUUUUGUCCGACGAGCUUGACAUGGCUAUAACAGACAGCGGAGAAACUCCAAGAGUUGAUGAAAUAUAUGAGGCGCCUAAAGUUUCUUCUUCCCCAUCGGUCGAAACGAUAAGCAACCAGAGCAAUCUUCAGCCUUUGGUUCUACCUAUUGCUGGCCAGACUCCUUCAGGUGAACCCAGUCCUGGGGCUGCAGCUGCUGCACACAAGCCAAGAAUGAGGUGGACACCUGAGCUCCAUGAACGUUUCAUAGAAGCGGUCAAAAAGCUUGAUGGUGCAGAAAAGGCAACUCCUAAGGGUAUAUUGAAACGUAUGGGUGUUGAAGGUUUGACAAUUUAUCAUGUGAAAAGCCACCUGCAGAAAUACCGACUUGCCAAAUACAUGCCAGAGAUAAAAGAAGAGAAAAAGACUUCGUCUUGUGAGGAAAAAGAAAGGAAGGCAUCAUUAAGCAGCACCGCAAGUGAUGGACUUAAAAGGGGAAUGCAUCUCACUGAUGCCCUGCGCAUGCAAAUGGAGGUUCAGAAACAACUCCAUGAACAGCUAGAGGUACAAAGGUCCCUUCAGAUACGUAUAGAGGAGCACGCAAGGUACCUACAAAAGAUUGUGGAAGAGCAAGAGAAAGUUGGGAAGGGCUUCAUGCCAUCUACAGGUUUGAAAGGGUCCUCGUCAACUGACACUCAAACACCGACAGAGGAUCCUCAUCAGCACUCCGAGCAACAAUCUGAUGCGGCUGCUGCGGUGCCUCCACACUCCGAGUCCGUAACAGAGUCAUCCUCAUCAUCUCUCCCCUCUAAGAAACAAGACUCUGAGAAUUGUAUCGAGACUGAGCAGCAAGAGAAUUUAUCAGGUCAUAAACGAGCCCGUGAAGAAGAGAGACUACCCGAGAUAUCUUCAGAGAAUGCUGCCACUGAAAACCCUGCAGACAGCCAAUAAAAGUAGAAGUAAUCUGCACAAGAAAACCAAGUAUCCAUCGUUACUCAUUUUUCUUGCUUCGGUUGCCAUUUUCCAAAUUGUUGAGCUUAUGUAAUGUAUGUACAGUUAAAAAAAAAUGAAAAAAAAAAGUAAGAGUAGAAGGUUGUUGUGUUUGUAGGAGAGAUUAGACAUCGGUUCCUGAAAGAGUGUGGGAAUAGGAGAGUCUUACGUUGUUAGUACCAUAUGUUAGAUUAGUUCGAAUGAGCGUUAGAUUGAGCUUAGGCAACUUGUUGUGGUAACCGUGAUGUAUAUAUAAAUCAUUUCUUUAGUCUUUA